UUUUGUCUUUCAUAUUUUAGUCAUAUUUUAGAUGAAAAGUCAUCACAUUUUUGUCAAGUCUUAGUCAUUACUUUUACGAGAAGCUGCGCUUGAUCAGCGCUAUGGGAACAUCUUUAGUUGUGACCAGCUGUGAAUACAGUAUAUGUGUAAAACAACGUCAAUGAAAUUGACCUAUAUUUAUAGCCGUGCGUGACGUCAUUGGAAUGCGUCGUAGCGAGGCUAUAAUUAGAUGUGCCACAUGUGCAUCAGCAGAUAUUUUGUCUGAAGAGCAGUCCUGGGACAUCUCAGUGCAGCUAUGAAGCGCAGAUUCGCGUUCUCGCCUUUUCAGGGAACAGGGUUACAGUGAAGUAACCCGGGGCGUUCCCUUUCAAAGGCUACACUCCAAGCUGCGCUUGAUCAGUGCUAUGGGAACGUGAGUGGAUGAACAAUGGAGCUGUAAUUCUUUAUUAAGCGGCGGUAGAAGUUAGCAAAGCCAAGAAAGCGCUGGAGUUCUUUGAUAGUGGAUGGAGUGGGCCAGGACUUGAUAGCUUCCACCUUCCCCUCGUCCGUCCGGAUGCCACUGUGAUCAAUGUUGUAACCGAGGAAGUGGACUGAGGUUUGGUGGAAUGAACAUUUUUCAGCUUUCAGGAAGAAAUGAAACUGUCGUAGUCGUUGGAGGACCUCCGCAACGUGGUGGCGAUGUUCGGCCAGGCUCCGGGAGUAGAUGAGUAUAUCGUCUAUGUAGACCAGGACAAAUCGAUGGAGAAACUCCCGGAACACCUCAUGUAUGAAAUCCUGGAAUACGGAGGGGGCAUUGACCAGGCCGUACAGCAUGACGAGAUAUUCAUAAUGGCCGGUGGGCGUGACGAAGGCGGUCUUCCACUCGUCCCCCUCGCGUAUCCGGAUGAGGUUAUACGCGCUGCGGAGGUCCAGCUUGGUGAACACAAUGGCACCACGGAGAUGUUCUAGAGCUGCUGGGACGAGAGGAAGGGGGUACCGGAACUUGACUGUGAUCUUGUUGAGUGCACGAUAAUCAAUACAGGGCCGCAAGCCUCCGUCCUUUUUGCCACGAAGAAGAAACUCGAAGCAGCAGGAGAAGUAGACGGGCGGAUGUAACCCUGAUCAAGUGCCUCUUUGAUGUAUUCCUCCAUGGCCUUCUCCUCCGGUACUGACAGGGGGUAAAUCCUUUCCCUGGGCACUGGCUCACCCGGUAAAAGAUCGAUGGCACAGUCCCAUGGCCAGUGUGGAGGCAGCUUGGAGGCUCUUUGUGGGCAGAAGACGUCACUGAAGGGGGCGUAACAGGCUGGAAUAUCCACGGAGCGUUUCUUAACAGGACUUUUGAUGGAGGUGGUACAGAGGGAGAGAUCAUUUGCACGAGGAGACUUGGGAACAGGAAACUCGGAGAAACAGUUAGAGAAACAGGUUUCGCCCCACUUUAGGAUUUCGCCCGUACGCCAGGAGAUGGUAGGGUUGUGCUGCUCUAGCCACGGAUGCCCCAGAACCACGUCAGAGGUGGAUUCCUCCAGAACCAGCAGGUGAAUUUCUUCGAUAUGUAGUAUUCCCACACGUAACUGAAGAGGACCCACACACCGACUGAUCUUUCUUCGGCUCAGGGGUUUGCCUGUGAUGGAGUGGACUUGGUAGAUAGUCGGAGAGGGCGUGGUUUUGAGCUGGAGCUGUCUGCAGAGGGAGCCGGAGAUGAAGUUUCCUGCUGACCCUGAAUCGAGGAGCGCCACCACUGGAACAGAUACAUCAGCAGCAGUAAGGUUUACAAUAGUAGUGAGUGGUUUCAUCUUCUUAAUGGAAGGAAUGAUGGCACUCACCAUGGGACGAGGAGGACGAAUGGGGCAUGCAGAUAUGACAUGCCCAGGAGCACCACAAUAUACUGUAAGCAGAGAUUCAGGGUCAGCCUUCGGGAAGCAUACAUACAGGUAAGUAUGAUACAAACAAGACCGGACAGUGAGUGUGUGUGAGUGUGGGCUUCUUAUACUGUGACUGAUGAGUGCUGAUGAGGUGCAGGUGCCGGUGAUUAGUAUUCUGGUGAUUGGUGCAUUGUGACUGGCUGAGGGUGGAGCCUGGCGUGUCUGUGACAGUAGUCAGAAAACACUGAAAUGAUCAAGUUAUAGUAAAUCACACAAAACCUGUUUCUCAGGUGUGUAAUCAUGAAGAUAUAUAAACCCUUCAGUUAGAAGAAGGAACUCGACUGUCAAACUGCAGUGUGUAUCAUCUCUCUUUCUGUGUGUUUAAAAGGAGAAAUGGCAGAAGCCAGUAUUUCAGUGGGUCAGGAUCAGUUCAGAUGUUCAGUGUGUCUGGAUCUCCUGAAGGAUCCAGUGACGAUUCCCUGUGGACACAGUUACUGUAAGGAAUGCAUCUCAGGUUUCUGGGAUCAGGAGAAUCAGAAGAGAAUCUACAGCUGCCCUCAGUGCAGAAAAACCUUCACAACAAGACCAGUUUUAGGUAGGAAUGUGGUGAUUGCUGAAAUGGUGGGGAAACUGAAGACGAGACUCCAAUCUGUUCCUGUUCCUCCUCCUGUUCCUGCUCGUCGUCGUCAUCCUCAUACUGGAUCUGGAGAUGUUCGGUGUGACUCCUGCACUGGAAGAAAACAGAAAGCAGUGAAGUCGUGUCUAGAGUGUCAAAGCUCUUACUGUCAAAAUCACCUUGAACAGCAUGAGAAUCUCUUCAGUAAAAGACACAAUCUGAUGGACGCCACUGGACGACUGCAGGACAUGAUCUGUCCUCGACAUGAUAAAAUGCUGGAAAUUUACUGCCAUACUGACCAGCGGUGUAUCUGUAUGCUGUGUUUGGUGGAUGAACACAAAGAUCAUGACACUGUAUCAACUGCAGCAGCGAGGACAGAGAAACAGAGACAUUUUGAGAAGAAACAGAGAAACAUCCAGCAGAGAAUCCAGCAGAGAGAGAAAGAUCUUCAGCAGCUGAGAGAGGCUGUGGCGUCUCAUAAGCGCUCUGCACAGACCGCAGUGGAGGACAGUGAGAGGAUCUUCACUGAGCUCAUCCGCUCUAUUGAGAGACGUCGCUCUGAGGUGAUUCAGCUGAUCAGAGAUCAGGAACGAGCUGCAGUGAGUCGAGCUGAAGAACGACUGGAGCGACUGGAGCAGGAGAUCAAUGAUCUGAAGAGGAGAGACGCUGAGAUGAAGCAGCUUUCACAAACACAGGAUCAUGUUCAUUUCUUCCAGAGUUUGUCAUCUGUCUCUCUCUCUGGAUCUACAGAUGGUUUCACUGUCAGUUCUCAUCUGUCCUUUGAUGAAGUAGUAAAAUCUGUCUCUCAGCUCAGAGACAAACUGCAGCAGUUCUGCAGCGAGGAGACAGAAAAGAUAUCUGGAAGAGUGAAAACUGUCCAGGUCAUUCUGGCUCCUGAAUAUCAGACCAGAGAGGAGUUUCUACAGUAUUCCCGUCUGUUGACUCUGGAUCUGAACUCAGUGAAUAAAGGGCUCCAUCUGUCUGAGGGAAACACAGUGAUCACUGUCGCUGACAAACUCCAGCAUUAUCCUGAUCAUCCAGACAGAUUUGAUUGUUGGAUGGAGGCGCUGUGCAGAGAGAGUUUGACUGGACGCUGUUACUGGGAGGUGGAGUGGAGUGGAGAUGGGAGAUCAGGAUUGGAAACAUCAGUGACGUAUAAGACCAUCAGCAGGAAGGGAAUGGCAGCUGAGAUUGUAGGUGGACGUAACAAUCUGUCAUGGACUCUAUUCUGCUCUCCAGACUAUUGCUCAUUCUGGCACAAUAACAUUGAGACUGAACUCCCUGUAGUGUCCAGCAGUAGAAUAGGAGUGUAUGUGGAUCACAGCGCAGGGAUUUUGUCCUUCUACAGCGUCUCAGACACAAUGAGCCUCAUCCACAGAGUCCAGACCACAUUCACUCAGCCGCUCUAUGCCAUGUUUGGAUUAGAUAAUAAUACAACAGUGAAACUGUGUCAACUGACCAAUUAAUCAAUCAUAUAGAGGUUGUAUAGAUUGUUUUGUCAAUCACAUGAUGAACCAUCUGAACACUUAAAUCACUGAUCUAUUAAGAGUAAACCUUCUAAUCAUUUGUGCAGGAAAUAGGGGUGGGAAUCUUUAGGCACCCCACGAUCCGAUCCGAUUCCAAAACUAUUCUUGGCAACAGGAUUCACAGUGUGUGAAUAACCUAAACCCCCAUGAUUGAAAAACAUUAACAAAUGAAUCAAUACAAAACCUAUUUUCUUACCCUACUUUCUACUUGUCCUUGUCUUUUCACAUAGUUCAUCAUUCUACAGGUUUAAAAUAGAUAUUACCCUCAAUGAUUAAUCACAUAAACUUUGUCCUGAUCUUUAACCCUAAAAAGAUU